AAAAAGACUAUUUAUUAACCCAAACCAAAGAAAAAUUAUUAAUAGUUACUAAAACUGCUUUGCAAAAAGUUAUUGAAAAUAUUAAACCAGGCAUCACUACUGCCCAAGACAUUGGAAGCAUUAUUGAAGAGCACGUUAAUUCCCAGGGCCAUUAUGUGAUUAAGGAAUAUGGCGGACACGGAAUCGGCCAUGAAAUGCAUGAAGCCCCUUUUAUUCCAAAUUAUAAAAUCUCUGUCAAACACAACGCAAUUAUUCCCGAAAACUCUGCCAUUUGUGUAGAGCCAUUGGUACAAAUUGACAAUAGUCUGGUUGAAUUAUCAACCGAUAACUGGACGGUUUUUUCCCCUCAAGAAAAAUUAAACGCUCAUUUCGAACAUACUAUUUGGAUAG